CCUCUGCAAAUGUUUACCAGCAGUUAAUGGCCAUGAAGAAACUUUACGCCAAAACCUCGUUCACAAGCAAGAAAUCCAAUGGAAAUGCCGCCGUAUCUGGUCCCAUUUUGGCCUAUCAUCCAACCAUGUGCGAGUUUCAGCCUUCCCAGCAGCAGCAACUGCAUCAGCAGCCACUGCAACAGCAUUCUCAAUCUCCAUCCCAAUCCGAGCAGCUGCUGAUCAAGCGCAGUCAAAGUCUAUACAGUAAAGCAACAUCCAAGGGCGUUGCUUUGCCCGUUGCUGGUGGAGAUUACUAUAGCAUUGAGGAGCUGCAGGAAUUGGAUCUAUUGGAUUAUCGUCAUCCCAUGUACCAUCAUUAUCAGCAGCAGGAAUUGCUCUUACGACAACGUUCUAACGCUGCAGCGUAUCAUGAACAUGAACAACUCGUGCUGCAGUUGCCCAAGGUCCAAGGAACGUCCACGCCCACGGCGACGACCACGACCACGCCCACUGUCAUCUAUGAGUCGCCCACCUGGACGCAGUCGCUGCUCAAUGAUCAGCCAUUGUACGUACCGCAAGGCGUAGGUGUUGGUGCCACAUUAUCAUCAUCUUCAUCAUCAUCAUCAUGGGCAGCAGCACUAACAUCAUCAUCAUUACCAGACACAGUCGCCACAUCUACACCAGCAUCUGUUUCAGUUGCAACUUCCUCUUCCUCCUCAUCCGCUGCCAUAUUUUCCACAUUACGCAAGUGCGUACCCUUGCCCCAGUCUCCUGCCCCUUCCAGUGUCCCUGUCCCUGCCCCGCCAGCUUCCAAGUCCAUAACGAACAGAAUUUCCACUUCCAAUUGUUCCACUGUCUCUGCUUCUGUUUCGUCCAGACUUGCCAGCUCCAUGUCGUUCUCAAUUAGAUCACCACGUUCGACAACAACAACAACACAGCAGCAGCAUCAUCUUUAUAGCAACAUACAUCAUUAUCUGCAGCUGCAACAACAACAACAACAGAGGCAACAACAGCAAGAACAUAUACAACGCAUCCCUCAGCGUCGGCAUAAUUCGGUCAAAGAUAAAUUAAUUUUUACUGAACAAAGCAUUAUUGGAGCCCGCGCCUCUGUGAUGGUGUAUGAUGACAACCAGAAGAAAUGGGUACCAUCGGGCACUUCUUCGGGUCUCAGCAAAGUGCAGAUCUAUCAUCAUCAACAGAAUAACACAUUCCGUGUCGUUGGCCGCAAGCUACAGGAUCACGAGGUGGUCAUCAAUUGCUCCAUAUUGAAGGGACUGAAAUACAAUCAGGCCACGGCAACGUUCCAUCAAUGGCGUGACUCCAAGUAUGUAUACGGUCUCAACUUUUCCAGCCAGAGCGAUGCCGAGAACUUUGCGCGCGCCAUGAUGCAUGCCCUUGAGGUGCUAAGCGGUCGAGUGGUCAACAAUCCAACUGGACAACCAACAAAUGGCAACGGCUACGAGGAGGAUAUGGGCUAUCGUACAAUGACCAGCGAGGAUGCGGCCAUACUGCGACAAAAUAAUGGCAUUGGCGGUCACAUAACGCCCUCGGCUCAAACGCCCACAUCGCAAACAAAUCAGAAUAAUAUACCACAGAGUCCGCCAACGCCGCAGGGACAUCAUCGCACCAGCAGUGCACCGCCGGCGCCACAACCGCAGCAACAGCAACAACAACAGCAGCAGCAGCAGCAGCAACAACAACAACAGCUGGCGGGUCAGCCGGGCUCACACUAUGGACCCUCUGUCAACGGGCCAACGUCCAAUGGACUGCCACAACAGGGCAAUCCUCAAAUGCAAAUUCCGCCAGCACCCGGUCAGACACAGCAGCAGCAGCAACAGUACCAGCAACAACAACAGCAACAACCCGUCUACAAUACACAGCAACAACAACAGCAACAGCAGCAACAACAACAGCAGAUGGUGCAAGCGGGCUAUGCGCCCCCUCAGUACCAGCAACCUCAUUAUGUGCUCUCAAACUCUAAUCCCAAUCUUAAUCUACAUCAAUACCCGACACAGCCACAACCACCGAUGCCGCCAGUGCAUCAGCAGAAUGGAGGCGGUCCCAUUUAUGGAGCCACACAGCCCGCCCAUAUUCCAAGCUCGACCAGCUCCAACAGUGUCGUCUAUGCCAGUCAGCCGCAGUUGAUACCACAGCCUCCACAGGCGCCAGGCAUGCCCGCUCCAGGGUAUGGACAGCACAAUGGACAGCAGCCGCAGGCGGAGAAUCCAUAUGGUCAAGUGCCAUUGGCGCCGCCAAUGAUGCAGCAACCGGGUGGUGGUGGUGGUGGUGGUGUUCCCAUGCCUCCGCCGCUUAAUCGCAUGAGCAGCACAGGCGGCGGACCGGGACAGGUGGCAGCACCAGCGCCGCCACCACCGCCACCCACAUUUGGCGGUGCACCACCGCCGCCGCCACAACAGAUGUUCAAUGGGGCACCAGCGCCACCACAGCCGCCGGCACCACCUGCACCACCAGCCAUGGGUGGGCCACCAUGCCCACCAGUUGGUGGACCAGGCGGUCCUGGUGGUCCUGGUGCACCACCGCCGCCGCCACCACCACCUGGCAUGGGAGCAGGUGGCGGGGGAAAGAAGGAUGAUCCGCAAGCCGAUCUCAUGGGUUCGCUGGCAUCGCAGUUGCAACAGUUCAAGCUCAAAAAGAACAAGUCCACCACGGCUGCUCCAGAGAACAGUGGCAGCAGCACCUCAAGUGGCGGCAGCGGCAAUUACGGCACCAUUGGUCGCAGCUCCAAUGGCAUGGCCUCCAUGAUGGACGAGAUGGCCAAGACGCUGGCCAGGCGUCGUGCGCAGGCCGAAAAGAAAGAUCCUGAACCGGAACCAGAAGUUAAGCAGAGGCCAUGGGAGAAGUCGAAUACACUGCCACAUAAGCUGAGCAGUGGCGCCACAUCCAAUGCGCAGGGUGGAGCCAAUGGCAGCACAGGCAGCGGUCAGAACACAACGAACAGUGGCGGUGAAUCGCCGCGUCCAAUGAGGAAGCGUUUCGGCAGCGCCAGCGAAGAGACCAUACUCAAGGUUAAUGGCGAUGGUCUGUCGCUAGCAUUGUCCAACAGCGACCUGGACACUCUGAAAGCUGAAAUCGUGCGCGAAAUGCGAUUAGAGAUACAGAAAGUCAAAAACGAAAUCAUAGACGCUAUCAAAUCGGAGUUCAAUCGUAGAUAGAUCAAAAUACAUACCUAGCCUCUAAGCUAAAAUAUCGCAAACCCUCACUGUCUACACCAAGUAUAAAUGAACAAGAAGCUGAAUAGAAGUAGAAGAGCUACAUUGUCCCAAAGUGACCGUGUGCAAGGGGCGGUAUGGUGGGCGUGGUGGUGUCUUCGUCUCCGCCUCCGUUAGCCAGCGCAUGUAUCAUGAACUGAGUUAGAAGGCGCGUCAGAUAUUUAAAUGUGUAAUUCUAAAUAUUUUAAAUGUAUUUCAAUUAAAUAUUUGAAAUGGCGCCCAAACGUAUUCGAGUAUUUACAAGCAUAUACAUAUAUACAAAUUUAUAUACAUACCUAAAUAUAUAUAGAUCUACCUAUAUAUAUAUAUAUAUAUACAUAUAAAUAUUAACAUAAAUAUAUAUAUAUAUAUAAUUUAUACUUACACAAAAGUACGCAAUUAUAUAUCAGCUUUUUACAACAACAAGGAACUUUUAGUCAAAAUAAUUGUAAUUCUAAUCGAUUUCUAAGUUUAACGCAAACUGUAAACAAAUUUUGUAUGAGAAACAAAAAUUUAAGUAUGUAAUCUUACAAUUGUAAAUUAUUUUUACAUAAGUAUAAACAAUUUUAAUGUGAACAACAAAUGAAACGUCUCCUUUUGCUCUGUGUUUGCCGCCCAUUCCCCUUUUUUUAAACUCUGUCUUUUGGCUUCUUUUGUUUUCGAUUUUCGUUAAUACCAAAAAAAAAAAGAAAAAAAAAAAUCUCGUAAUUAUUAACACAUACAAACAUAAGCCAAAAAACUUAAAAAAAAAUUAAAAAUAAAAAUAAACAAAAAAGGAAACAAUUUUAAAAAGCAUCUACAACUAUUCUAUGGACCGCAUAAUACUGUAAACGCAUACAUAUACAUAGGUAUACCCACACAUUCUCACUCUCACACAGACACGGAUAAUUUAACAAUUCCAUAGAAUGCUCGUAACUGUAUCAACAAAUUAAUCAAAAAUUAAUUCUAUGGAUGUAUUCGUUACAUUUUGAGUGCUUUGAGAACUCAACAACAACAACACUUUCCCAGUCGGACAGCUGACAACAACAACAAAAAACACUUUCCUAAGUCACGAUCUCAUAAAAAAAAAAGAUGAAGUACACAAGACAAAUCGAUAAGCUAUCGAUAUUAAUCAGAAAUUUACUCAAGAACAACAAGCAACAAGUCUUCAAAACUGUUCAAUGCGGAAUUGAGUGUGGUGUUCAGCACUUUUGAAUGCAUUAGCGUUAUAUAUACAAAAAAUCGAUAUAUAUAUAUAGUUAUAUAGAUAACAGAUAUUGAUAAUCUAUAAACACUCUAUACGAAUACACUGAGAGCAAAGGCAGAGUUUUUGUAUGCCACAAGUAUUAGCUACAGCGAAAUAAUAAAUUCAAAAGUAAAUUAAACAAAUUGACUGCUGCAUAAAAAAUACAUUAAACAAAAACAAAAAAUAAAUAAAAACCAUGCAUUAAACAAAAUAGCAAGUAGCAAUUAUAUAAUUGUACACCCCUCCUCUAUUAGAGACACAAAUUGUUUUCCUAGUUGAUCCUGAACAUAUUGAGUACUAAUUUCAACUUCCAUAUACAAUUAAGACUAAAUAGUGAAAUUUAUAUACAACAACUUGAAAUGAAUAACAUACGAAUAUGAAUAUGAUUAUGAAUACGAAUAUGAAUAUGACAUACGAAAUUGUGGCACGAAUGAGUUUAGUUUUUAAGGCGUACCAUAUAACGAAAUGAAAUGAAAUUGUUUAUUAAGUAUAACAUUUAUUUAUACAACAAUAUGGAUGCGAUUGCGAGAUGGAAAUUAAUUUUAAAUAAUAAUAAUUUUUGAUAUAUUGAUUGUGUGCGAGGUAAACUUCGAUUUAUAGAUAUUUAAUCCUAGUUCUAUAUUUGUAUAUGGGCAGUGUAUAUGUAAAUGUUAUGAUUUUUGUAUUUUUAUAUAUGAUCUUUGCAAUCGCUGUAACUGCAACGGCAAAUGCAACAAAUUAAAUAUUAACAACAACAAACACACGUAAACUAUUUUAAACUUAACGAUAACGAUGAUAAUGAUGAUGAUGGUGUUUGUGCAGUGACAAGCGCGAUAAUUUUUAUGUAUUAAAUUAAAUAUAUAUAUAUUAUACACUUAUAUACAACAACAAGAAAAAAAAAUAUUCAGUAUACAUGCAUAUAACAAAUAAGCCUCGGCGUCAGCAGCAUUCAAAAUAUUGACAUGAGAUCAAAAAUUAAAUCAGCAACGGAUUCAUUUAGACCUAUACAUAAGUGGCAUAAGUUAUAAGCGGAUACGCGUAUCGGAAUCGAACGGAGUUGAAUGCGUAUAAGCAUAUUCAGAAGAACGUAAAGUGAAAUAAACAACAAGCGUUUGUAUGUAAAAAAAAAAA